UCUGAGAGGCAAAGCUGUGAGGACUGAGGGGAAUCCCGCCGGUCGUCUCCUUGUUUCCCUGACUAGAGAUCCAGAAAAGCAGCGCCAUGGGCCGAAUCACAGAAGAUCUUAUUAGACGGAAUGCUGAGCACAACGAAUGUGUAAUUUUUUCCCUGGAGGAACUCUCCUUGCAUCAGCAAGAAAUAGAAAGACUAGAACAUAUUGACAAAUGGUGCCGCGAUUUAAAAAUUCUCUAUCUUCAAAAUAACCUCAUUGCAAAAAUUGAAAAUGUUAGCAAACUGAAGAAACUUGAAUACUUGAACUUAGCAUUGAACAACAUUGAAAGAAUUGAAAACUUGGAAGGAUGUGAGUGGCUGACCAAACUUGACUUGACUGUAAAUUUCAUUGGAGAACUGAGUAGCGUUAAAACCCUGACACACAAUAUUCAUCUGAGGGAGCUGUUCCUCGUGGGUAACCCAUGUGCUGACUUCGACGGCUACAGGGAGUUUGUGGUGGUGACCUUACAACAGUUAAAGUGGUUGGAUGGCAAAGAAAUAGAGCGUUCUGAAAGGAUCCAAGCACUGCAGAACUACGCAGCAGUUGAACAGCAAAUCAGAGAGCAGGAGAAAGCUUACUGCCUUAGACGUGCCAAAGAGAAAGAGGAAGCUCAGAGGAAACUGGAGGAAGAAAACGAAAGUGAAGACAAAAAGAAGAGCAGCCCAGGCUUUGAUGGGCAUUGUUACACAGACAUCCACGCUGAUUGCCCAUCUGCCAUAGAGAACAAAGACCAUCUUCAGGUACCAGAAACACAAGAACAACAACAUAGCAUGAAGAAAUCAGAUGAAAUUGAAGAUGAUCUGGCAUUCUGGAACAAACCAUCUUUGUUCACUCCUGAAUCUAGAUUGGAAACUCUCAGACACAUGGAAAAGCAACGCAAAGCCCAAGAUAAGUUAAGUGAAAAGAAAAAAAGAGUGAAACCACCCCGGACUUUGAUUACAGAAGAUGGGAAGGUCCUGAAUGUGAAUGAAGCCAAACUUGAUUUCUCCUUGAAAGAUGAUGAGAAACACAACCAGAUCAUCCUGGACCUGGCUGUCUAUAGGUACAUGGACACUUCUUUAAUUGAGGUUGAUGUGCAGCCAACUUAUGUUCGAGUAAUGGUCAAAGGAAAGCCAUUUCAGCUUGCCCUUUCUGCAGAGGUCCAGCCUGACAGCAGCUCUGCUAAAAGGUCUCAGACAACAGGACAUUUGCUGAUCUGCAUGCCCAAGGUAGGAGAAAUGAUCACAGGUCAACAAACACCCAUGUCUGUGAAAACCGCCUCGGACAGCAGCAAGGAACAAACAAAGCCCAGAAGAAAGCAGGUAGAAAGAUUAGAAGUUGAUCCCAGCAAGCAUUCCUGCCCUGAUGUGUCUACUAUAGUACAAGAGAGAAAACACAAACCCAAGAGAAUGGAAUCUCAACCACAAGUUGAACCCAGUGAGGCAGAGCCAGACUUUGACGAUAACCCAGAGGUGCCUCCACUCAUCUGAAACAUGAGGAUGGAUGGUUACUGACUGCGAGCCACAGAGCCAUGUUGCUUGGUGUUGACAGUGGAAAUGUGUCAUUCAUGGGAUAAACACAGUUCGUUAUCAUUUUAUCUGAUGCUAUAAUGCUCACUUUGCAUAAUAAUACUCUUAAGUGAAUUUACAAUUAAAUUGCGUUCCUUAAAUAUGCUAUAACUUAUCAUUCAUGUAUAAUUGAGCUUCACUGUUAAAAAUGUGCAGUAAUUUAAUAGAACUAUGACAUUCAACAUUAAGAAUAAGUCGUUAAGAUUAAGAUUUAGUCUUUGCUUAUGCAAUAGAUUGUGUUAUAUGGAAAAGGACUUGAUCACAUUGCUCAAACUCAGAAGUUAGAACUGUACUCUCA